GAGGGUGGGAGUCCCUAAUAAGCUGCUAUAUUCUUUUUCCAUCACUUCCCUCUCCAAGGCUACAGCGAGCUGGGAACUCUUCCCCACGCACAAUGCCUGCUUUCCCUAGUGCUCGGCUUCCAUUGUCUAAUUCCCUCAUCCUGGCUGGGGGAAGAGAAGGCUGUAAGUCCUUCCGUUCGGAGGAACUCCCGCUGAAUAGUGCUUAGCUGCUGGUGGUGUUGCUUGGCCAGCUGCUCCAGUUUCUCUGGGCUGCAUAAGAGUCUGAGGUGACGAGAAUCUGUGAAUAUUUGGGAUCAGCCUACCCCAGCUUUGCUUGCAAGUUUCCGGAUUCGAGAUCUACCUGCGGGUCAGAGAUCUCCGGAAUCUGCCAAAUUUCUACAAUCUCUCUGAACGCCUGAGAUCUCAGAGAACUCUGCCUGUGGCUUUGGAAUCUAUUUGAGGCUUCUCAGAUCUUGGCGCCGGCGAUCUAGUGGAUCUUUUGCGGGACCAAGAGCGCUGUCUGCUCGCUGCUUUUCCUGCUCUCUCUCCCGGGAGGCGAACCCUUGCGCCCGAGAUGGCUGCCACCCUGCUCAUGGCUGGGUCCCAGGCACCGGUGACAUUUGAAGAUAUGGCCAUGUACCUCACCCGGGAAGAAUGGAGGCCUCUGGACCCUACACAAAGGGACCUUUACAGAGAUGUUAUGCAGGAGAAUUAUGGAAAUGUUGUCUCACUAGAUUUUGAGAUCAGGAGUGACAAUGAGGUGAAUCCAAAGCAAGAGAUUAGUGAAGAUGUAGAAUUUGAGACUGCAUCUGAGAGACCUGUUGGGAAUGCUGAAGAAAAUCCUGAAAGUGAAGAGGCCUUUGAAAGUGGCAAUAGGUCGGAAAGACAGUGGGGAGAUUUAACAACAGAAGAGUGGGUAAGCUACCCUCUCCAACAAGUCACUGAUCUGCUUGUCCAUAAAGAAGUCCACACAGGCAUCAGAUAUCAUAUAUGUUCUCAUUGUGGAAAGGCCUUUAGUCAGAUCUCAGACCUUAAUCGACAUCAGAAAACCCAUACUGGAGACAGACCCUAUAAAUGUUACGAAUGUGGAAAGGGCUUCAGUCGGAGCUCACACCUCAUUCAGCAUCAAAGAACACAUACUGGGGAGAGGCCCUAUGACUGUAAUGAGUGUGGGAAAAGCUUUGGAAGAAGCUCUCACCUCAUUCAGCAUCAAACAAUACACACUGGAGAGAAGCCCCACAAAUGUAACGAGUGUGGGAAAAGUUUCUGCCGUCUAUCUCACUUAAUCCAGCACCAAAGGACCCACAGUGGGGAGAAACCCUAUGAGUGUGAGGAGUGUGGGAAAAGCUUCAGCCGGAGCUCUCACCUGGCUCAGCACCAGAGGACCCACACUGGUGAGAAGCCCUAUGAGUGUAACGAAUGUGGUCGAGGCUUCAGUGAGAGAUCUGACCUCAUCAAACACUAUCGAGUCCACACAGGAGAGAGGCCCUACAAAUGUGAUGAGUGUGGGAAGAAUUUCAGCCAGAACUCUGACCUUGUGCGCCAUCGCCGAGCCCAUACGGGAGAAAAGCCAUACCACUGUAAUGAAUGUGGGGAGAAUUUCAGCCGCAUCUCACACUUGGUUCAGCACCAGAGAACCCACACUGGGGAGAAGCCAUACGAAUGCAAUGCUUGUGGGAAAAGCUUCAGUCGGAGCUCUCACCUUAUCACACACCAGAAAAUUCAUACUGGAGAGAAGCCCUAUGAGUGCAAUGAGUGUUGGCGAAGCUUUGGUGAAAGGUCAGAUCUGAUUAAGCACCAGAGAACUCACACAGGAGAGAAGCCCUAUGAGUGUGUACAGUGUGGAAAAGGUUUCACCCAGAGCUCCAAUCUCAUUACUCAUCAGAGAGUUCAUACAGGAGAGAAGCCUUAUGAAUGUACCGAAUGUGAGAAGAGUUUCAGCCGGAGCUCAGCGCUUAUUAAACAUAAGAGAGUUCAUACUGACUAAGUCCUAUAAUUAUGAUAACUGAGAAAUGAUUUAGUUGAAGGCACAAUUUUAUUUUAUAUCAGUCAGCCCCCUCAAGACUGAGUUUCUUUGACCAUACUGAAUUUUCUAGUUGUGGGCCACAGUUGGAAACAACAAAAGACAAGCCUUUUGGAAUUCUGACCUAGGGCUUUGGGAAUGGUAUUCCCUCCCACAAAAUAGGGAUUUUUACUCACUCAAUAGUAAUGAAUUACUUCUUCAAAAUUAGCCCCACAAAACUGGAAACCUGAAGACUGGGGGAUAAAUGCUGGUGAAUGUUCAGGCCUGAAAAUGGACAAAUCUUUAAAAAUAAUUUCUCCCAUGCUUUAGCCCAAAGAACUAUGCUAGGGAAAUGAUGGACUGUAGUAGGAUGGUCACGGCUGUUUUGAAAAAGGCAACCAGGGACUCUGCUGGAGUGGCCAUAGCUAUUCACUCACCAUAGUUGUUGGGCACAUUCCUCCAAAGGGCUCUUUCUUUGAGUUGCUCAUUCAUUUGUAUCUUUCUAUCUUCCUGAGAGCAGGAUUCUGCACAGUGAAGGCAGUAAUCAUAACUUUUCUUCUUCCCUGUUUCUAUUUAAAUUUUUUAAAGAUUGUAUCUUUGUGAAAGCUAACUGAAGAUAGAUUGAAAGAAAAACUGAGACACAGAUUUGGGGACCAAGGACUCAUUAAUGGUGGUGACUAGCAAGAGAUGCCCCUCUGUUAUUGCCACUAAUCAGAAUUUGCAAAUUUUUGUUAGGGAUCACUGGAGGGAACAUUGGAGGGAAAAUAUCUUUAAGGAAAGAUAGGACUGUGAGUGAUGGUGGAGUAUAGGGAGCAAGUGGAAUUGACCACUUCAUGGAAGGAAGCGCAGAGUUUCUUCCCAAGGAAUACAGGUCAUUUCUGGUUCUUUCCCCCCUACCCUUUUAAAUCAGUCAUCCCUAUUGCUUAAAUUAGGAUUUGAUAAGGGCCACAUCCCAGUGUUUAUCUUAGCUUGCAUUAGGGCAUGUGUAUGUACAGUGAGACAUGUAUUCUAUGGCUUUUCCAAUAGCUAAAACUGCCAGUCACACACAGGUAGCAUGUUCUUAAGUGAUGUUGAUCAUGUGACAGAACUACAGACAUUAAAUCCAGUAUGAGAAAUGUCCUUUUUUUUCCCUCUCUUUAUGAAAAGAAAAAACAAAAGUAAACACUAGUCUGCUAAUGUGCACUAUCCUGUAAGAUCUGUUUUUGUACAGAACCAAGCACUUGUUUUAUAUGUAUCAGUAAAUUGUGGGAGAUAAUGACUGGACAAAUAGCUUGAUUGUCCCAGUCUCAGAUUGGAUUAUCUCAUAUGGCAAUGAAGAACUUUUUGGCCUAGUCAGAAACCUAGCUAUGAAUGUAUUUCCAUCCUCCUAUCUUAUAAAUAUAAGUGGGUAAAAUAAGAGUUGAACCAAUUUAAACCCAUUAGUGUCAAUUCUUAUCUCAGCCCGAGUAGGAAUUAAGAAAUAUCUCAAAUGUUGAUGCUUAUCUAAGCAUCAGGUAGAGAUGGGAGGGAAUUGGUGCCCAGAAGAUGAAACUAGAGUAAGGAAUUUCUGCUGUGCUUUAUUGUGAAUGUUGUAACAUUAAAAAAAAAAAAAAAAUUCUGCCAUAGCUCCUUGGAACUUAGUGUUGAAGGAGCCAGUGGUUGUCUUGGCUA